AUGGCGUUCGAAUUUCUCCCCUUCCUAUCCGCCGUCUUUGGCUGGAUUUACUUUCUCUGCUGGUCCGGCUCCUUCUACCCGCAGCCUCUCCUCAACUUCCACAGGAAAACUACGGCCGGUACAACGGUCGACUUUCCCUUGAUCAACUGCCUAGGCUUCCUCGCCUACUUUGUCUCUAACGCCGCCUUCUACUACUCCCCCGUCGUCCGCGCCCAGUACGCCGCGCGCAACCACGGCCUCACCCCGACAGUCGCCUUCAACGACAUCACCUUCGCCGCCCACGCCCUACUCCUCUCCUGCAUAACCACCUCGCAGUACGUGCCCAAGCUCUGGGGCUUCACCCCCGCGCCGGGCACGAACCCUAGCCGCUUCAUCUCGGGCAUCGCCUCGGGCUGCAUCGUGGGCGUCGCCGUUGUCGGCCUCAUCGUCGCGUCCGCCCCGGGGGACGGCGACCCCGUCACGAGCUGGUGCGCCCUUGACGUCGUCUACGCCGUGUCCUACGUCAAGCUCGUCAUCACCCUCAUCAAGUACACCCCACAGGUCAUUACAAACUACCGCAACAAGUCCACAAAGGGCUGGUCCAUCUGGCAGAUCCUGCUCGACUUCUCCGGCGGCCUCCUCUCUGUUGCGCAGCAGGCAAUCGACUCCUACCUGCAGCGCGACUGGUCCGGCAUCACCGGUAACCCUGUCAAGUUCGCGCUGGGCAAUGUUUCCAUGGUGUACGACUUGGUCUUCAUGACCCAGCACUACAUCCUCUACCGCGGCUCUGACGGCAAGGCUGACGAGAGAGAUUCGCUUCUCCGUGCGGACGAUGAGGAGCAUCAAAGACUAGACUAG